UGUUCUGUGGGCGUUUCAUUUUUCUAUCAAGGGCUUCCCGAUUUCGGAUGACCCGCCACCACGCAUAAUACCGUGUGCAAGGCUGACACAUUAACUCGAUGACAAUAUCCCCGGGAAGAUGGGCUUUCCUCCACGUCUGAGAUAGGAGCGUCUCGACAUCUGUGAAGAGCUGUCAGGAGAGUACGUGCAGAGAGGAUCGAGAGAGAAAGAGGAUGUCGAUCAUCAAUAUCCACGCCCGUGAGAUCCUGGACUCCCGUGGGAACCCCACAGUGGAAGUGGAUCUUCACACGGAGAAAGGCAUGUUCCGUGCUGCUGUUCCCAGCGGAGCCUCGACUGGGAUCUAUGAGGCCCUGGAGCUGAGAGACAACGACAAGUCCCGAUACAAGGGGAAAGGCGUCCUGCAGGCUGUAGCUCACAUCAAUGACACCCUUCGGCCUGCGCUGCUUGAAUCAGAGAUCAGUGUCGUCGAGCAGGAGAAGCUGGACAACUUGAUGCUAGAGAUGGACGGCACCGAGAAUAAGUCCAAGUUUGGUGCCAAUGCUAUCCUGGGGGUGUCCCUGGCUAUCUGUAAGGCUGGUGCAGCGGAAAAAGAUGUCCCCCUGUACCGCCACAUUGCUGACCUGGCUGGAAACACUGAGCUUGUGCUGCCAGUUCCGGCCUUCAAUGUCAUCAACGGGGGCUCUCACGCAGGGAACAAGCUGGCCAUGCAGGAGUUCAUGGUGCUGCCGGUGGGGGCGGAGUCCUUCCGCGACGCGCUGCGCGUGGGGGCCGAGCUCUACCACACGCUGAGGGGGGUGAUCCGGGAGAAGUACGGCCAGGACGCGACCAACGUGGGCGACGAGGGGGGGUUCGCUCCCAACAUCCUGGAGAACAGCGAGGCCCUGGAGCUGUUAAAAACAGCGAUUGAGAAAGCUGGGUUCACUGACAAGGUGGUGAUUGGGAUGGACGUGGCAGCAUCAGAGUUCUACCGUGACGGGAAGUACGACCUGGACUUCAAGUCUCCUGACGACCCUGCACGGUACAUCACUGCCGAAGAGCUGUCGGACUUGUACCAGAGCUUUGUUAACGACUACCCAGUGGUGUCCAUUGAGGACCCCUUUGACCAGGACGACUGGGAGGCUUGGUCUCGGUUCACGGGCUCCGUGGCGAUCCAGGUUGUUGGGGACGACCUGACCGUGACAAACCCCAAGCGCAUCGAGAAAGCAGCCGAGGAACGGGCCUGCAACUGCCUGCUGCUGAAGGUCAACCAGAUCGGCUCCGUCACCGAGGCCAUCCAGGCGUGCAAGCUGGCACAGGAGAAUGGCUGGGGAGUGAUGGUCAGUCACCGUUCUGGGGAGACAGAGGACACCUUUAUCGCUGACCUUGUUGUAGGGCUCUGCACUGGACAGAUCAAGACUGGCGCCCCCUGCAGAUCAGAGCGUCUGGCAAAGUACAACCAGCUGAUGAGGAUCGAGGAGGAGUUAGGGGAUCAGGCCCGGUUCGCCGGACACAACUUCCGGAACCCCAGCGCCCUGUGAGAGGCAGACCGACGCUGGGACACUGACUGACCGACACUGUGGUUGGCAGAUGGAGCGGGCACUGACACAGCCAAUCCACAGAGACACACAGCUGGACAGAUGGGCUGACCCUUAUACCGCCGUCUACACGCACGCACACACAAACACGGCGUCUGGAUUUCCACUCGUACACCAAAAUGCACUCUCUCCCCCCUGUCCCUGCCCCUCCUGCAUCCCUUUCUGUCUCCGAUCCUCUCCCCUCUUCAUUAGCUUAUCUCUGUGAGCCUUCCUCUUCCUCCCCCCUCUCUCCCUCCCUCCUGACCCUGCAGUGACUUGGAAUAAAUCCACCCCUCACCGAUCCACCCAACAACGAUCGAACUAUACUAAUAAAUAGCUUGUAUCCACAA